CUUAAUAGUUUAGCAUUAACUAAUAGUUGAGAUUGGGUGGCAUUGUAGACAAGUGGAGAGUGUUCCUGCCUUGCCGCGAGCCAGCAGAUCAAGGGUUUAAAUGCGGCUGUAUGUCUUUCCUACCAUGCUGUUAGAUAGGUGUCUCUAGAUUGACCCGAGUGUGAGUGUGGGUGUGUGCAUCCUAGGAUAUCCUCUGCGACCCGGUUCUGGAGGGAGGAAAGAUGGAUAACUGUACCAGGUGCUAAAGAUAUUUUCCAGAACUUCUGUGUAUUCAGUCAGGUUUUGAGGAUGUGUAUUUGAGUUUUCAACAAGUAACGGAGAAUUGAAUAGUUUCCCUUAUUGAGGUAGAAACUGAUUGGUGUGUAAAUAAACUGUAAGUACAGUUAAAGGAAGAGAAAGAGGGGCUGAGCAUUAAUGCAGGAGAGAGAGAGAGAGAGAGAGAGAGAGGGAGGGCCAGCCUUAUUCUGUUUAUCUUCUGUGUGAGUGCCUGAUUUGGUACUGGGCCCCGGUGCCACUUCCUUCUGAGCGGCUCUGGUGACUGCCAGCCUUAUGUGUGGACUGACGAGAAGAGGUAGUGGAAGGAAGAGAAGGACUAGGGAAUGUCUGCAGAGCGCUCGCAGCUCCACUGCUGAAGCAUGCAAAGGCUGCCUGACACACACUGAGGGAACCAGAACAGUUUGCAGCAGACGAAAAACUAUGGAUGCACGGCAGUAAAACAUGGGCUCAGUAAUGUCGUUUGGCUUGAAUUGUUUUAAAGGGAAAGAAAAAGAGGAGACACGACGGCUCAAGGCGAAUGACAGGGAAUUUAACCGACAGUAUAAUUAUGCAACAAAUGCAAUCAAAACCUCCAAGUACAAUGUGUUUACCUUCCUGCCACUCAAUCUAUUUGAGCAGUUUCAGAGGAUAGCCAAUGCCUACUUUCUCUUCCUGCUCAUCUUACAGGUGAUUCCACAAAUUUCCUCUCUCUCGUGGUUCACCACAGUCGUGCCUUUGGUCCUGGUGCUUGCAAUCACAGCAGCCAAAGAUGCCAGUGAUGAUAUUAACCGACACAGAAGUGACCGCAAAGUCAACAAUCGUAAAGUUGUAUUACUCAGCAAUGGAGAACUAAAGGAUGAAAAAUGGAUGAAUGUUCAAGUUGGUGACAUCAUCAAGCUAGAAAACAAUAAGUUUGUCACGGCCGACUUGCUGUUGCUCUCCAGUAGUGAAUCCCUUAAUUUGGUGUACAUUGAAACAGCCGAACUAGACGGGGAAACGAACCUGAAGGUGAGACAGGCACUUACUGUAACUGGAGACAUGGGGGGCGACAAAGAGACACUGGCUGCCUUUGAUGGUGAGGUUGACUGUGAAUCUCCAAACAACCGACUGGAUCGAUUCACAGGGACACUGACAUACAAGGGGCAAAAGUAUUCAUUGGACAAUGAGAAGAUUCUGUUGCGGGGGUGCACACUUAGGAACACGGAGUGGUGCUUUGGUCUGGUUAUCUUUGCAGGUCAGGAUACCAAGCUGAUGAUGAACUCUGGAAAAGCUACAUUCAAACGUACCAGUGUUGACCGUAUGAUGAACAUAUUGGUGCUUUGUAUUUUUGUUCUCUUGGCCAUCAUGUGCAUCAUCCUGGCUGUUGGAAACGGCAUCUGGGAGCAGCAGGAAGAGAACUUCACCACGUUUCUUCCUAGACAAGAUGGGGUCAAUGCUGCCUUUUCAGGCUUCCUUACGUUCUGGUCCUACAUCAUCAUUCUGAACACUGUGGUUCCCAUCUCCCUUUACGUCAGUGUGGAGAUCAUUCGCUUGGGUAACAGCUUCUACAUAGACUGGGACAGGAAGAUGUACUACGCCCGCAGUGACACACCAGCGGAGGCGCGCACCACCACCCUCAACGAGGAACUGGGCCAGAUCAAAUAUAUCUUUUCUGACAAGACUGGUACCCUCACCCAGAACAUCAUGACAUUCAACAAGUGCACCAUCAAUGGAAAGUCCUACGGGGAUGUUUUUGACAUUGAUGGUCAGAGACUCGAAAUUACUGAGGAGACGGAGAAAGUGGAUUUCUCCUACAACCCUCUGGCAGACCCCAAGUUCUCAUUCUGUGACCACAGCCUGGUGGAGGCAAUGAAGCUGGGAGAACCAGAGGUGCACAAUUUCUUCCGACUGUUGUCUCUCUGCCACACUGCCAUGGCUGAAGAGAAGAGCGAAGGAAACCUAUUGUAUCAGGCCCAGUCCCCAGAUGAGGGCGCCUUGGUCACAGCGGCUCGAAACUUUGGUUUUGUGUUCCGUUCCCGCACGCCCGAGAUGAUCACUGUUAUGGAAAUGGGGAUCCAAAGGAACUAUGACUUACUAGCCAUCCUGGAUUUCAACAACGUCCGAAAGAGGAUGUCUGUCAUAGUGCGCAGUCCAGAGGGAAAGUUGUCUCUGUAUUGUAAAGGAGCCGACACCAUUGUGUAUGAGAGACUGCAUGAAUCCUGCAAAAGGCUUAUGGACGUCACCACUGAACACCUCAAUGAAUUUGCAGGAGAUGGACUACGGACCCUGGUGAUGGCGUACAGAGACCUGGAGGAGGGGUACACUGAAGACUGGAAGCAGCGCUACAAUGAGGCCAGCACUGCUUUGGAUGAUCGGGAGGAGAAGCUGGAUGAACUCUAUGAAGAAAUCGAGAAAGAUAUGCUGCUUUUAGGGGCCACUGGUAUUGAAGACAAAUUGCAGGACGGAGUUUCUCAGACCAUUGAGCAGCUCGCUAAGGCAGACAUCAAGAUCUGGGUCCUGACUGGUGACAAGCAAGAGACGGCAGAAAACAUUGGCUAUGCGUGCAAUAUGCUUCGGGAAGAGAUGAACGACAUUUUCAUAGUAGCAGGAAAUUCAGCUGAAGAAGUGAAGGAGGAACUCAGAGCAGCUCGUUUGAAAAUGAAGCCAGACUCAAACGAUGAUGAUGUCACCAUUGCAAAGGGGAUUCUGGGUAAAAAACUGAAAGUGAUCCAAGAUGAACCUGUGAAUGGGGAAUAUGGCCUUGUAAUCAAUGGACACAGUCUGGCCUAUGCUCUGGAGAAGCCCAUGGAGCUGGAGCUGCUGCGGACGGCCUGCAUGUGCAAGACAGUCAUCUGCUGCCGGGUCACACCUUUGCAGAAAGCCCAGGUAGUGCAGUUGGUGAAGAAACACAAGAGGGCUGUUACAUUAGCCAUUGGGGACGGUGCCAAUGACGUCAGCAUGAUCAGAGCAGCUCACAUCGGUGUGGGCAUUAGUGGCCAGGAGGGCAUGCAGGCAGUGCUGUCCAGUGACUUCUCCUUCGCCCAGUUCCGUUUUCUGCAGCGCCUCCUGCUGGUGCAUGGGCGCUGGUCGUAUCUACGCAUGUGCAAGUUUCUGCGCUACUUCUUCUACAAAAACUUCACCUUCACCUUUGUUCACUUCUGGUACGCAUUCUUCUGUGGAUUCUCCGCACAGACAGUAUAUGACGAAUGGUUCAUCACCCUUUAUAACCUAGUGUACACUGCAUUACCGGUGCUAGGAAUGAGUCUCUUCGACCAGGAUGUGAACGACCGAUGGAGCUUCCAGUACCCACAGCUCUAUGUUCCCGGUCAGAGGAACAUGUACUUCAGCAAGGGCACUUUCGCAGCGUGCGUCGUCCAUAGCAUCUACAGCUCUCUGGUGGUCUUUUUCAUCCCCUAUGCCGCCAUGUACAACACGGUGCGGAACGACGGAAAGGACGUUGCAGACUACCAGUCUUUCGCUCUCCUGGCACAGACAUGUCUGCUCAUUGCCGUCUGCAUUCAGCUGGGCCUGGAAAUGACCUACUGGACUGCAGUGACCCAUUUUUUUGUGUGGGGAAGCCUGGCGAUAUACUUUGCCAUUACCUUCACCACAUACAGCAAUGGUAUGUUCCUCAUCUUCACCAGCGCCUUCCCAUUUAUUGGCGUGGCCAGGAACACCCUGAACCAGCCCAACGUGUGGCUCACCAUCCUGCUAACCACCAUUCUGUGUGUGCUGCCGGUGGUGGCCUAUCGCUUCCUUCUCAUGCAACUGCAACCAACUAUUAACGACAAGGUUAGGUUCAAAGUGAGACAGACCAAGGCCUCGCCACCCCCUCCUCCCAGACGGACCCGAAUACGACGCACCAGCACUCGCCGCUCUGGUUACGCCUUCUCGCAUGCGCAGGGCUAUGGGGACCUGAUGACCUCGAAGAGGUUCCUGCGGCGCCCCCCCGCUGGCAGAACGGCAACAUUCAGCCCACCGAGCCGCUCCACUGGAUUCCUUCCCAGCAGCCGCUCAGCUGGGUACAGCCCCACUGGUCAUCAACCAAACCACGCGCCGGCUGAGACCUCGCUGGAGAUGUACCGUGCUGUCAGGGAGGCAUGAACCUAAGGCCAAUUGUGGGAGCACAAGCGAAACUCUGUUUACACCGGCAGGACCGUGAGGGGACACAGAGCCUCACAUCAUGCCACAUUCCACUUCAUUCCUCAGCACACAUACCAUGCAUACCACAAAUGCCUCUGUUGCCAGCUGUUUCAGUGUGCCUUUUCAGCGAUGUCAACUUAAACCUGUUUGUCAGUUGGUCGAACUCAAACCAAAGUCAGCGUUCCAUCAGUACAACCCUGUAGGUGUUUUUUU